AUGUCGAACUCGAACCACGAGUCCGGCCCACAGGGGCUGACGAGGAGGCCGUCGCGGAGCGCCGCCGCGACGACGUUCUCGACGGAGGUGUUCGACAACGAGGUGGUCCCUGCAUCGCUCGCCGCCUCCAUCGCCCCAAUCCUCCGUGUCGCCAAAGAGAUCGAGAACGAGCGGGCUCGCGUCGCCUAUCUCUGUCGAGUGUAUGCGUUUGAGAAGGCGCACAGGUUGGAUCAAAGCUCCACUGGGCGUGGUGUGAGGCAGUUCAAGACGUCUCUGCUUCAAAGAUUGGAGAGGGACAAUUUGUCUAGUCUCGCUUCUCGGGUUAAGAAGACAGAUGCAAGGGAAAUCGAGAGCUUCUAUCAGCAAUACUAUGAACAUUACGUUAGAGCUCUUGACCAGGGAGAACAGGCAGACAGGUCAUUUACAUUGCUAUUAUCCUCAAACAGAGCCCAACUCGCUAAGGCUUACCAGAUAGCUGGAGUGCUUUUCGAAGUGCUUUGUGCCGUCAACAAGAGUGAGAAGGUUGAAGAAGUUGCUCCUGAGAUUAUAGCGGCUGCAAGAGAUGUCCAAGAAAAGACGGAAAUUUAUACACCGUAUAACAUUCUUCCUCUGGAUGCCGCUGGGGCUUCGCAAUCAGUUAUGCAGCUUGAAGAGGUCAAGGCUUCUGUGGCUGCCUUGCGGAACACAGGUGGCUUGAAUUGGCCCAGUUCAUUCGAACAGCACAGGCAGAAAGCUGGAGACCUAGACCUCCUUGAUUGGCUAAGAGCCAUGUUCGGUUUUCAGAGAGACAAUGUCAGGAACCAGAGGGAGCAUCUGAUUUUGCUGCUUGCAAAUAAUCAUAUAAGGCUCCAUCCCAAGGCUGAACCACUUAAUAAGCUUGAUGAUCGAGCUGUUGAUAUAGUUAUGACCAAACUCUUUAAGAACUAUAAGAUUUGGUGCAAAUUUUUGGGACGAAAACAUAGUUUAAGGCUCCCUCAAGGACAGCAAGAGAUACAACAGAGGAAAAUUCUGUACAUGGGUUUGUAUCUUCUCAUAUGGGGUGAAGCAGCAAACGUUCGGUUCAUGCCAGAAUGUUUAUGCUAUAUUUUCCACAAUAUGGCGUAUGAACUCCAUGGUCUAUUGGCUGGAAAUGUCAGCAUAGUUACUGGUGAAAAUAUUAAGCCUUCAUAUGGUGGGGAUGAUGAGGCCUUUCUUCGUAAAGUUGUAACACCCAUUUUCCGUGUUAUUGAAAAGGAGGCACAAAAAAGCAAAAAUGGGAAAGCUCCUCUCUCUGCUUGGUGCAAUUAUGAUGACCUGAACGAGUAUUUCUGGUCAUCUGAUUGCUUCUCUCUUGGCUGGCCAAUGCGUGAUGAUGGUACUUUUUUCAAAUCAACUCGUGAUUUGAAACAGGGAAGAAAGGGUUCUCAAACAAAAUCUGGAAGCACAGGGAAAUCGUAUUUUGUUGAGAGUCGGACCUUCUGGCACAUUUUUAGAAGUUUUGAUCGACUAUGGACAUUUUAUAUACUUGUUCUACAGGCGAUGAUCAUUAUUGCUUGGAAAGGGAUUUCACCAAUUGACAUUUUUCAAAAGGAUGUCCUGUACCACUUAUCUAGUAUAUUCAUCACAGCAGCUUUUCUUCGCUUACUUCAAAGUAUUUUGGACCUGUUUUUGAAUUUUCCGGGAUAUCAUAGGUGGAAGUUUACUGAUGCACUGAGAAACAUUCUCAAGAUAAUUGUUAGUCUUGCGUGGGUUGUAAUUCUUCCGAUGUUUUAUGUGCAUUCCUUCAAGGGGGCCGCCCCUGCUCAAAUUAGAGAUAUGCUAUCAUUUCUUAAACAAAUUAAUGGUGUUCCCCCAUUGUACAUCUUAGCUGUCGCGGUGUAUUUGCUUCCAAAUUUGCUAGUAGCAGCUUUAUUCAUCCUUCCAAUGCUCCGGCGUUGGAUUGAAAAUUCAGAUUGGCAUAUUAUUCGGUUCCUCUUGUGGUGGUCACAGCCAAGAAUAUAUAUAGGAAGAGGCAUGCACGAAAGCCAAUUUGCACUUAUAAAAUAUACACUUUUCUGGGUGAUACUUUUGGGUUCCAAGUUUGCAUUCAGCUUUUUUUUCCAGAUAAAACCUCUGGUGAAGCCAACAAAAGACAUAAUGAGCAUUCAUAGAGUUAAUUAUGAAUGGCAUGAAUUUUUCCCUGAAGCUCGAAACAACUACGGAGCGGUCUUGUCACUCUGGGCUCCAGUUAUCAUGGUUUAUUUCAUGGACACUCAAAUAUGGUAUGCAAUAUAUUCAACUUUGAUGGGUGGCAUUAUUGGGGCCUUUGAUCGUCUAGGAGAGAUUCGAACUCUAGGGAUGCUAAGGUCAAGGUUCCAGUGCUUGCCUGGUGCCUUCAACACACAUCUGGUGCCCUCUGAUAAGUCCCAGAAAAGGGGGUUCUCUUUCUCCAAGCGUUUUGCAGAGAUUACAGCGAGCAGGAGAAGUGAAGCUGCGAAAUUUGCUCAACUUUGGAAUGAAGUGAUUUGUAGCUUCCGGGAGGAAGAUCUAAUAAGUGACAGGAAAGGCGCUGAAUCAACAUUUUUAUUUUUUAUUUUUUUGGUUUAAUUUCUUUUGAACAAAUUUUUUUUUUUUAAAUAAAUGAAUAAACUGGGGUUCUUUUUAUGCAGGGAGACAGAUUUGUUGUUAGUUCCUUAUUCCUCUGAUCCUGGCCUAAAGAUAAUUCAGUGGCCACCGUUUUUGCUUGCUAGCAAGGCCUACCCCUAACAGAUCCCAAUAGCAUUGGAUAUGGCGGCUCAAUUUAGAUCCAGGGACUCUGAUCUCUGGAAGCGUAUAUGUGCAGAUGAAUACAUGAAGUGUGCUGUAAUUGAAUGCUAUGAAUCUUUCAAGCAAAUCCUGAGUACUCUUGUGGUUGGAGAAAAUGAGAAAAGGUUAGCAUCAAUAAUAGAUUCUUUAUAAAGUUUUAAGAUAAUUGGCAUCAUUAUUAAAGAAGUUGAAAGUAACAUUUCAAAAAAUAUGCUUCUUGCAAAUUUCAGAAUGGGUCAUUUACCCACUCUUUGCAAGAAAUUUGUGGAGCUUGUGGAGAUCUUGAAAGAUGGCGAUCCAUCCAAGAAAGAUACUGUGGUAUUGUUGUUGCAAGAUAUGUUGGAAGUUGUCACCCGUGAUAUGAUGGUUAAUGAGAUAAGGGAAUUGGUUGAAGUUGGUCAUAGUAGCAAGGAUUCUGGACGACAACUUUUCGCCGGAACUGAUACAAGACCCGCUAUAGCAUUCCCUCCUCUAGUUACAGCUCAAUGGGAAGAACAGAUAAGACGCCUAUACCUCCUGCUGACAGUGAAGGAAUCUGCCAUUGAUGUACCAACAAACCUUGAAGCACGUAGAAGAAUUUCAUUUUUUACAAACUCCUUGUUUAUGGAUAUGCCGCGUGCCCCAAAAGUCCGGAAAAUGCUUUCAUUCAGUGUCAUGACUCCGUACUAUAGUGAGGAGACAGUCUACUCUAAAACUGACCUUGAGAUGGAAAACGAAGAUGGCGUAUCAGUCCUAUAUUACCUGCAGAAGAUUUUUCCAGAUGAGUGGAACAACUUCAUGGAGCGACUUAAUUGUAAGAAGGAUAGUGAGAUAUGGGAAAAUGAUGAGAAUAUUUUACAGCUUCGUCACUGGGUCUCCCUAAGAGGACAGACACUCUGCAGAACUGUCAGAGGAAUGAUGUAUUAUAGACGGGCUCUGAAGCUUCAAGCUUUUCUUGACAUGGCUAAUGAAAAUGAGAUACUUGCUGGGUACAAAGCCAUAACAGUUCAAUCAGAAGAAGAUAAGAAACUCCAGCGAUCGCUUUAUGCCCAACUAGAAGCUGUUGCUGACAUGAAAUUCACGUAUGUUGCUACCUGUCAAAACUAUGGCAAUCAGAAGCGAAGUGGAGACCGCCGUGCAACUGAUAUCCUUAAUCUGAUGGUCAAUAAUCCUUCUCUUCGAGUAGCAUAUAUGGAUGAAGUUGAAGAGACGGAAAACGGAAAAGUACAGAAGGUUUACUACUCAGUAUUAGUCAAAGCUGUUGAUAAUCUUGAUCAGGAAAUCUAUCGCAUAAAACUACCGGGUGCAGCCAAGAUCGGAGAAGGAAAGCCAGAAAAUCAAAACCAUGCUAUAAUCUUUACUAGAGGAGAAGCCCUUCAGACGAUUGACAUGAACCAGGACAACUACUUGGAAGAAGCUUUCAAAAUGCGCAACCUUUUGGAAGAAUUCAAUGAAGAUCAUGGAGUGCGUUCACCUACAAUUUUAGGUGUUCGUGAGCAUAUAUUUACUGGAAGUGUUUCUUCUCUGGCUUGGUUUAUGUCAAAUCAAGAAACGAGCUUCGUGACCAUAGGUCAAAGAGUUCUAGCAAAGCCUUUGAAGGUUCGGUUCCACUAUGGUCAUCCAGACGUAUUUGACAGAAUUUUUCACAUUACCCGUGGUGGCAUCAGCAAGGCAUCUCGUGGCAUCAAUUUGAGCGAGGACAUUUUUGCUGGUUUCAACUCAACAUUGAGGCGAGGGAAUGUUACUCACCACGAGUAUAUUCAAGUUGGAAAGGGUAGAGAUGUUGGGCUCAACCAAAUAUCUCUCUUUGAAGCAAAGGUGGCUUGUGGUAAUGGGGAGCAGACGCUAAGCAGAGAUAUCUACCGAUUAGGGCACCGCUUCGACUUCUUCCGCAUGUUGUCCUUUUAUUUUACGACAGUGGGAUUUUACAUCAGCUCAAUGGUAAUUUUCACUUAAAACAUAAUAGAAUACCAAUCUUUUUUUUUUUUGGGUAAGGAAUCAACUUACCAAGUACCAAUAGGAACUAUACUAGUGGUAGUCCAAUGUGAAAACAGAAAUAUAAGAUAGAAACUUCUUAUUGAGAGUUUUGAAAUGUAUUAUUGGCUAUUUGCGUCUUCUAUCUCCUUUUGCUAAUUGGCAUUGUUUUACUUCCUGCAGUUGGUUGUCCUUACAGUCUACGUUUACUUGUAUGGGAAACUUUAUCUUUCGUUGAGUGGGCUGGAGAAGGCAAUAGUGAAAUUUGCCAGGGCCAAAGGAGACAAUGCUCUGAAGGCAGCUAUGGCUUCUCAAUCUGUGGUCCAAUUAGGUCUUUUAAUGGCCUUGCCCAUGAUCAUGGAAAUUGGACUGGAGAGAGGGUUCCGAACUGCGUUAGGUGACAUGAUAAUUAUGCAGCUGCAGCUAGCAGCCGUUUUCUUUACUUUCUCUCUCGGCACAAAGGUCCAUUACUAUGGACGAACUAUCCUGCAUGGCGGUGCAAAAUACAGAGCCACCGGGCGUGGGUUUGUGGUCAAGCAUGAGAAGUUUGCUGAGAACUACAGGAUGUACUCAAGAAGCCACUUUGUGAAAGGGUUGGAGCUCAUGAUGUUGCUCACAGCUUAUCAAAUUUAUGGAUCAGCAGCAGCUAAUUCCACGAGCUAUGCUUUCCUUACCUUCUCGAUGUGGUUCUUAGUCACCUCCUUUUUGUUUGCACCCUUCCUUUUUAACCCCAUGGGAUUUGAAUGGCAAAAGAUAGUAGAAGAUUGGGAUGACUGGACCAAGUGGAUAAACAGCCGCGGUGGUAUUGGUGUGCCGGCAAACAAGAGCUGGGAGUCCUGGUGGGAUGAGGAACAAGAGCACCUGCAGCACACUGGCACUCUAGGACGGUUCUGGGAGAUUGUUCUUUCUCUGCGCUUCUUUCUUUAUCAGUAUGGAAUUGUAUACCAUUUAAAUGUGGCCAGGAAUGAAAAGAGCAUCAUGGUAAGUACAUAUGCGUCCUUCCAAUUUCUUCUUUAUUUCCAGAUUUCUUUCAUUUUCAUCUGCGAAAGCCCUCAUCUAUUCUUUUUUUCCGCUAUCUAAAUCCAGGUUUAUGGUCUCUCUUGGCUGGUCAUUGUUGCCGUGAUGAUCAUCUUAAAGAUUGUGUCCAUGGGAAGAAAGAAGUUCAGUGCCGAUUUCCAGCUGAUGUUCAGACUUCUUAAACUGUUCCUAUUCAUUGGGUCCAUAGUCACUCUCGGUAUUCUCUUUACUGUUCUGAAUCUUACAGUUGGAGACAUUUUUGCCAGCUUACUGGCCUUUAUGCCCACAGGAUGGGCACUACUACAGAUAUCGCAAUCGUGUAGGCCGUUAGUGAAGGGCCUCGGGUUCUGGGGAUCUGUCAAAGCUCUAGGAAGAGGGUAUGAAUACGUGAUGGGGCUGCUUCUCUUUGCACCAGUGUCUAUACUGGCAUGGUUCCCAUUUGUGUCGGAGUUCCAGACCAGGCUGCUGUUCAACCAAGCUUUCAGCCGAGGGCUUCAGAUCCAGCGCAUUCUGGCGGGCGGCAAAAAGAACAAGUGAAAACAAUAGCCCCCGGAAUUCUUUUCCAGAGAAUCAAAAAAUUUCAGGUUGCAAAAGGAGACGCAAGCUGUUUUUAGAGGGAUUUGAUUUUGAAAAAGAGAGAUGCGUCAUACGAAAAUUUUUUCUCCUUGUUUUGCUCUUUGCAUUGUUGUUGUAGCUUACUCAACUGUUCAUGUGUAUUUGAGUUUCUCAUAAUGAUCAAAUUACGAUCAACUAGCUAGUACAUAAAAAAAAAAUGUAAAGAAAAGGGUUAUCUUUAAAAGAGGUAAAACGAAAUAAUAUUGAUAAAGCCAACUAGCAUCUUGUUGCUUUGUCCACCUUUUAUUUUUCCGUCUCUUUUUUCUUUUCUUUU